AUGUCUUCUAUCUCACUCCGCUCAGCCCUGGAAACCACACCAGUGGCAUACGGUUUCUGGUUGACCCUUCCCAGCGCCCCCGUCGCAAAGACAAUCCUCCGCCGCAGCCCAGAGUUCUCCGAAGGUGGAUUUAGCUGGGUCCUAGUUGACGCCGAACAUGGAUUGAUCAACGACAGCCACUAUUACGAGCUCACUAAUGCCGUCGGCCACGAGGGUGCUAGUCCUAUUAUCCGUGUACCCUGGCCCGAGGAGUGGAUGAUCAAGCGUGCCCUUGAUGCCGGUGCCCACGGAAUCAUGACUCCCAUGUGUCACUCUGCAGUGUGUACAACCCGAACGCGCCGUCUUUGCGAGGAUGCUGCCAAGGUCGUCAGCUACUGCAAGUACCCUCCUGUCGGAGUCCGCGGAUACGGGCCAAUGUUCACGCCACAUUCAUUUCCCGGCGUGAAGCCCGCCGAGUACGAUGAGAAGACGCACGCCGAAGUCAUGGUUAUUGUGCAGAUUGAGUCACGGCCCGGUGUUGAGAAUGUAGAGGAGAUUGCGAAGGUCGAGGGACUGGACGUUUUGUUUAUUGGACCCUUCGACCUUGCUAAGCAGAUGCGUGUCACCCGCGGGGGCGAGGAGCACGAGGCUGCCAUCCAACGUGUUCUAAACGCUGCUAGAUCUGCAGGAAAAAAGGCUGCUAUCUUCUGCUCCGAUGGCGAUGACGCUCUUCGUCGCACACAGCAGGGCUUCGAUAUGGUUUCCAUCACUACUGAUGUUGCUGUCUUUGGCGAUGGGAUGCUGAAUGAAUUAGAAAAGGCUAAGGGCAGUUCUAAGGUUCAAGGAAAGCGCGACGGUUAUUGA